AUGCUGUCGGCCCCUGUCAAAUCAGCCAAGCGCAUCUCCUCGCUUUUCUCCCUGAGCUCCAAUCGUGAUACCUCCAGUCCCUCCUCUCCCGGCUCUCCCGGCUUCCCGCGAACCUCCCCCGAGCAGAAUCCUGCGGAUCGUCGACGACGCAGCAGUUCUCGCCCCGCCCGCCUCGUCUCCAACCCCGUCGACUAUGGCGACGCUCGCUCCCUUCGCUCCCCCGGUCCCAACGAUGCCUUCUCCCUGAACGAUCCUCUCCCGCCGCCCCCCUCCCUACUGGCCGUCAACCAGGACCUUGCCGGCAGUGUUCCCAGCUCCCCGACGGAUGGCCGACCCCAGAGUCGUGGCCGUCGAUUGAGUGCCAGUCGUCCUGCCAGUUCCGCGGGGCUAUUUGUCCCCGGCUCCGGCCCCGAUUCGCGUCCCGGAACCCCCUCCAAACGACGCAGUUGGAUGCCCGGACGCAUGCGCGCCAGUUCGGUCGACACCCGCCCGACAAACCCCCAGUUACCCAGUGCCUGGAUUGCCGGUUUAGAGCAGAAAAUCCUCUACGACCUGGAUCCGUUGGCCAGGGGAGACCAGAUCCCGGAGCUGUGGAACGACGCCGGCGACACCUACGUCUAUCUCUUCCCCCAGAAUACCGGUCGACCUCCCUCCUUCAAACUCCAUUCCACAGUCUUUGCCGAUUCCCCCUCCCUCAAUUUCCUUGCCCGGGGCACAGACCCCCGCUACAACAACUCUCUCGAACACCAGACUCGCUCCGUCUCCUUGGGGAAUCCCAGUUACUCCCCGCCCUUGGGUGCCCAGGAUCGUCUUGCCGACAAUGACGGCGAUAGCUCCGGUAGCAGGAGAAUCCCCUUUGGUGAUGACGAUGGGACCGAUGAGUUCCAAGAACUGCAUCUCUACCUCCCCGUCCCCCUGCAGGGUGAUGUCUCGAACCCCCACACCCGCAUCUCCCAGGAGGACACGGAAACCCUGCUGUUGUUCCGCAACCUGUUCGCCUUCUUACUCGGACAGUCGCUGAUUGCGACGCCGCGCUCCCCUUCCCUCUUCUCCAUCUUCAUGGAUGUGGCCACCCUCCUGUCGCGCUUCGAGUUUUCCAACCUCGACGGCUCCAACUUUGGUGAAACCGCCACCACCAGCUUCGGCAACUACUGCGAUGAACUCCAUCUGGCCGAUGUCCGCCGCAGCCGGGAGAAGACCAUCGAAGCCAUUGUCCUGGGCGAGCGGCUACGUUUCUUUCCCCUGUACCUAGAAGGUUUCGUCCACGGAGUCGGAAAAUUGGACGAGCUGAAGCAGCUGAGGAGUCCCAAAUACAGCCUCAUUAGCCCUGUCACGCAAAAACGCUUGGAACGUGGCUUCAUCGACCUGGACACGCGUCUCCGCGUGUUGUACAGCAAGCUCGACGACUUUGACUUCCCCUCGGUCUUUUCCGGCAUCGCCAACUCGGCGACUUCCGAGGAGAGCAAGGUCAUCCGCUUCAAGGCCUGGAAGGCUGCCUUUAUGGAAUUCCGUCGCUUUGUCAUGCAGUACUAUCGCCAAAAGUACGGCUCCUGGCCCCCCAAGGCCCGGUCGAAGAAGAACCACUUUGAGGAGAGUGGUCUGAACCGCCAGGUGCUCCGAGAGCUAUACGAGGACUUCACCAACCUCUACGACAUGUUGGUCGACCGCACGGCGCUGACCACUCGCACCCUGGAUAUGUCCGGCGAUACCUCGGAGGCCCACACCUAUGAGGAAAUCAUGAACCGCGCCCUGCGCCAGAUCGAAAGCGAGUACGAUCGCGCCACGCCGCCCGUGCAGCCGCCCAUUCCCUUUGACAUCCCGCAAUAUCCCUCACUGCAGUCCCUCCACCAGAAGCCCAUGGAUCCUAAGAAGGAGGCGAAGAAGAAGGCGAAGAAGCUCAAGGAUUCCGACAUAAACGCGAUCCUCAUGGGUUCCUACACCCGCGAAAGCCUGCGGCCCACACCGUUCAUCGAGGCCUUUAUGCAAUUCGAGCGGCGAUGCGCUCACGGCAAGACCCUCAACGACCUCGUGGACCUGCGAUGCGGGCAGUGGAUCCUGCUCUACUGUGUCAUCCAGGCCUUGCCGCUGCUGGUGGUGGAUGUGCAGGAUGUCAAGUUCACCAGCGGGGUGGAAUACUUCCUGUGUAUCGCCCCUCGCGGCGGUGCGCCGUGGAUUCACAACGACGGCAAGGCGGCGCGCAGUUGGUUCGGCGUCGCAGGCGGCUCGGGUCUGGUCAGUCUCCCUUCGGAUGUGGUCGUGAACGGGGUGGAAGGCAUCUACCGGCGCAGCCACUGCUGGCAGGUGGCCGAACAGUGGGCCGAAAAGGACGCGAUUCUCGCUCCGCCCACGGUCGAUGACCCAUACGACAACGAAUCCUCGUUAUCCUCACCCUACCAGGGCCAACAGUCGUCGGCGGGUUCGUCGGCGGAGCAACAGCUGCAACAAUUACAGCUUCAGCAACAGCAGCAGCAGCAAUACGUGGCCACGGGCUCGCCACUGCUGAGCCCCAACGGUCUGACGCCGCCGCCACCGCCCGCCAUCCCUCGCACAACGUCUCCCGCCGCCCGGAGUCGCGCCGAGCAUCGGCACUCGAUCUACCCGGGUCUGGAAGCCCUCCCGCUGCCCGCGGGCGUCGCACCAAUCGAUCCUCCGUCCCGACCGAUCAGUCGGUUCAACCCAAACAUGAGCUUUGACGAUAUUCUGAAGCAGGUCCCCAACCAAAAGGGGAAGAAAUAA